UCGCAAGAUUUUGACAUCUCAUAAUUGGUAAUUGGAAGUCGCGCUCUAUAUUAAUCAGGAAAUCUAUAAUUUUUGUAGUUUCUGUGAGAAAACAAAAAUAAGUUGAUCAAAUACUUAAUAUAAUAUAAAUAUGGACUUUGUCAAGUUUGAAAGCGCAAGAGAAAAGGAGCGAAUACGCCAACAGCUCCGGGAGGCGCGAGAUCAAAUGCUUGAUCAGGCCAAGUUGCGACGGGAACAAAGGCUUAAACGUGAAGCCGCCCAGGAAUUGCGUGGCGAAAGCAAUUGGAUGUUGCCUACAGUAGCCGCAAAAAUUGACAAGCUUGGUAGAAAAGUUAGUGAAUCAAAAAGAUCAAAAAAGAAAAAGGAAAAGGCUAAAGCAAAAAAGUCUAAGAAAAAAGGAAAGCACGGUAAAAAGAGUAAAAGGUACUCAUCUUCUGAGUCGGAUCCAGACACCUCAGAGGUAGACAGUGAUGAUAGUUCGUCAGAUGGCGAACCAAGCAGUUCUUCAAAAAAGAAGAAAAGCAAGAAGAAGAAAAAGGAAUAUUCGUCCUCAGGUUCAGAUUCGUGGGAUAUGCCAAGUGAUGACAGUUCUUCGGACGGCGAAAAGAAAAAAUCGGCAAAGUCCAGUUCAAAAAAGAAAAAAAGCAGGGAAAGCUCAUCAACAUCAUCUUCGGAUUCGGACUCUACAACUACUGAUAGUAGCAGUUCGUCUGAAGAAAACGAACCCAAAAGGUUAAAAAGAGAACUUAAAAGAAAAUGCAGUGAACCUGAAAAAUGUUUUUCCGAAGAGAAAAACAGAAAAGCAUCUAAUAAAAAAAGAAAUCAUGAUGAUAGUGAUAGCGAUGAACUGGAAAAAUGGGUUGAAAAACCGUCUCAAACUACCUCUUCUACAGUCCCAGUGGCGCGUGAUAGCUGGAUGACAGAUCCGUUACUUCUGAAAACUUUCAGUAAGGAGAAGAAAGAUAUUUCACCUACUGAGAAGCAAAAUUAUGAAGCAUAUGAUCCGGCUAAGAGCACUCGAGAACUAAAUCCAUAUUGGAAAACCACAGGCACUGGCUUACCGGAAUUUAAAAAGCCAAACGUGGACAAUGAUGACGAUAGUGACGAUGAACGGCUUGCAAAGACUUUCGCAUCAACAUCCAAUAGAGCCACCGGUCGGGAUUUGCCACGGAACUGGCAGAAAAGAACAGAUGAUUUACUAUCUGAAAAGAAAGGUUCGGCAAACAUGUCUAUUUACAGCUCUGAAAGUAGUGGAGGUGAAGAGGAAGAAGUAGAGAAGCCGAACUUGAGAACAAAAUUUUUAACUGACCAACAAAUGAAUGAACUGGGCGCGAAAUUAUUGAAAGCGGAAAUUAUGGGCAAUGACGAAUUAGCCGCAGAGUUGAAGUUACAAUUAGAGAAAGCGAAGAAAGAGCGUGCUGCCUUCAAAGAGCAAAAACUUACGCAAUCCGCCGUGGAUAAUAGUAAAUUGCGAAUUCGCAAUAAAGAUGAACAUGUGUUGCUGACACGCACUGACGAACGUGGUAACACACGACCAUUGUCGCAAGCAUCACGAGCUGUGGAUGAACGUGAAUUAUAUGGUGGGCGUAAUGCUCGCAAAAAGCAAAAGCGCCUUGAGACACAUAAAGAUGGCGAACGCAUGCGAUAUUUUCCGGAUGAUGACAAAUAUGACAUUAAACAAAUGUUUGAACGUGAGAAAUAUACGAGUGCCAGUGAUGCUAAUCUGGAGUUUGCUAAAAUUGCAGGGAAACACAAGAAUCCCAAUGAUGAUUUGGACGACAUAUUUGCAGAUGAAGUGCGAAAGGAUGUAUCACAAUCGUCCACAGAUCGAAGGGAAAUGCAGCGUGCAAUUACAGAGCAUGAACGUCUUAGCGCACAACUUGAUAACUGUAGAUAUUGCUUCGAUUCACCGAAAAUGGAUAAAAGCCUAAUGGUAUCUUUGGGUGCGCAGGUGUAUCUUGCUUUGCCAUGGCAUAUAGGCAUGCAAUCGGGGCAUAGUAUUAUUAGCACAACACAGCAUAUUAGUUGCUGCACUCAGUUGGAUGAAGAUACAUGGUCCGAAGUGAACGAUUUUCGCAAAGCGCUUACGCGAAUGUUUGAAGCGCAAAAAAAGGAUGUCGUAUUUUUUGAAAUCGCUACUCGUCUAUCAAGACGACCGCAUUUGAGUAUACACUGUGUACCGAUACCGGAUGUACAGGCAGAAAUGGCACCAUUUUACUUCAAAAAAGCUGUCGAAGAAUCGGAGCUGGAAUGGAGUGUUAAUAAACAAUUGGUAUCGUUGGGUCGUGACGGUAAAGGUUUGCGAAAUUGUAUACCCAAAGGAUUGCCUUAUUUUUGGGUAAAUUUUGGUAUGGGCUCAGGGUUUGCGCAUGUCAUUGAGGAUGAAGAUAGAUUUCCUCAAAAUUUUGCAUUGGAAAUUAUUGGUGGGAUGCUAGAGUUGGAUGCGAAGAAAUGGCGCAAACCACAAAAGGAACAAAAUAGUAUCGCCAAAGUUAAAAUGUUUGCUGACUGGUGGAAAAAAUAUGAUUGCACCAAGUAAAUCAUAAUUAUUCAUGUUUAUAAAAAUGUACUCAUGCUUAAAUAAGUACGUAAUUCUGGUAAAAAUAAAUAUUUACGACAGAUAAAA